UUUGGUAAACCGCUAAGUCGAACAUGGACGAGAAAGAGCCAAGGCCAAGGCGCGCAUCCCAAACCAAGAGGGCUCACUAGCGUAAUCACCCUCACUAGCGCUGCGCAAGUACAAAUAAUCGCCCCUCCCACUUCUUCCGUCCUUCCUCUCCAUCCACACAACAACAUCAUCUCAACCAUCGACUUCGACACUCCCCAACAACAAUUUCAUCCUUCAAAAGCAUCCAUCAAAAUCAUCAACAAUGGCCCGCACUAAGCAAACCGCACGCAAGUCCACCGGUGGCAAGGCUCCCCGUAAGCAACUUGCUUCCAAGGCUGCCCGCAAGUCUGCACCAUCAACCGGAGGUGUCAAGAAGCCCCACAGAUACAAGCCAGGAACCGUCGCUCUCCGUGAGAUCCGUCGUUAUCAGAAGUCCACUGAGCUCCUCAUCCGAAAGCUCCCCUUCCAACGUCUGGUUCGUGAGAUCGCACAGGACUUCAAGUCUGACUUGAGAUUUCAAUCUUCCGCCAUCGGUGCCCUUCAGGAGUCUGUCGAAGCCUAUCUCGUUUCUCUCUUUGAAGACACGAAUCUCUGCGCCAUCCACGCCAAGCGUGUCACCAUUCAAUCCAAGGACAUCCAACUUGCAAGACGUCUCCGUGGAGAGCGUUCUUAGAUGUGCUUCAAUCAACAUUCCCCCAACACGAAACGAGUCGGCCUCGUUCAAUGGUCUUCGGAGACUCUGAACUUGGAUGGACGGUGGAACAUCGGUUGGGUCUGGGUGGACCAUAAUGGACUGGGUUUGGGAUUUCACAUGGGUUUCGCAAUGGAGUUUUCGCACUGGGGGCACUGCUUUUUAAAGGGUGUACAUUACUCUGCCAGCGUUGGGCGCUGAGCAAUAUGAUCAUGAAUUACAACUACCUGACUUUUCAC